AUGGAUGAUGAGGUGAGUUAUGAGUCUAAGAAGAUUAUUGUUGCUGUUGUAAGGGAGUGGUAUAAGGCUAGCCAGGUCGGUGAUACAAAGUCUCCUAAAAUUCAACUUUUGCUUGCUUGGGAACCUCCUGAGCUAGGGCAAUUUAAGCUUAAUGUGGAUGGGUCUAGAAGGUGUGCUUCAAGCUUUAUUUGUGUUAAAGGAGUGAUUCGUAAUUCCUUCGGGGACUGGGUCAGUGGUUUUGAUGUGAACCUUUGUAAAGGGAAAAUUCUAGAGGCUGAAGUUUGGGGUUUGUUUUUUGAUUUGCAACUUGCUAUUGCUAAAGUCAUUCGUAGGCUCACUAUGGAAAUGGAUGCUGAUAUGAUUGUGCUCCUAGUAGGCAGUCCACCAUCCCAAUAG